AUGAACCAUCCACGGUGCAAUUGCGUCAUGCUGGAAAGGCGCUACUUUUUCUGGACAUCGACCUGCGUGUUGAAAGCGUUCCGUCAAUCUAGUCCGCCUUUGCUGCUGGAAAAUACGCUGUGCUUCAAUCGGAGCUGGUUUCAGGGCCGCAGCUUCGACGAAACCUCGCUGAACGAGGGCAUGGGCCUGCUUCGCGGGAAGCGAGGCCUCAAGCACCCCGGCAGGCUGGGAAUCCUAGCGAUGCCCGCAGAGGAGCUGCCGUUCCUGUACAUCAAGCACUCAGGCAGCAUGACUGGGGACACCAUGGCGAGUGGCGUAGAUGCAGGCGGAGACGAUCGGCCUUUGAUGGGAUUGGCCAGGGCACUGCUGGCACAACGCUUUGCAGCACUACCUAGCUGCCAGUGGCACACACAGAUUUUGGCCCACGUCCGGGGAAGCCUUCGAGAUGAAAUCAAGCAGAAACUUGGAGAGCUGCGUGCCACUUCAGACGACAGAGCAGCAUCGUAUUUGCGGGAGCUGUUGGCCCAGAGCGCGUCGAGCUCGCAAGGACUUCUCCAGCAGAUCGAAGAUUUGUGCGAGUCGCUCGAAGUGCCCCGAGAGAGCACGCGCGAAGAAACAAAGCUGCUGGCCGCUGGCCGAGGCGUCAGUUCUUGA